AUGUCGUCAAAGGAAACGUUAUCCGAUGAUGAAACAGAAAUCUCAUCAAACUGCACCAGUUUUAGCAGUUUCAGAGGGUUCAAGAGAAACCAGCAAGUGUUCGAUGAUGAUGAUGUUAGCCUAGAAACCAACAACGAGAAGGCUACAAGGGAGGUAGAAGAAGAACAAGAAGAAGAAGGUUAUUUGGAAUUGGGCUUGGACUCGGAUUCCGAUUCGGAUUCUUUGUUUGGUAUAGGGAAUAACCCGAAGGAGGAGGGUUUGGAUACGAUAAGAGAAGAAGAUUGUGAGAGUAGUGUGUUCUCUCUGGAUUUUCGGAGCUGGCAGAAGGAUGUUGUGCAUGUGUGUGUGGGCAAGCAUGGUGAUAAGUCGAGCUUGGAAGCACUUUCAUGGACGUUAAAGCACUGGAUCACACCUUUCACAACACUUUGUCUUCUCCAUGUCUUCCCCCUGGUUAGACUCAUUCCUAGUCCCAUGGGAAAACUUCCAAGGAGCCACGUAAACAAGUCCCACAUUAAUCUCUACUUAGACCAACACAAAUGCAACCGGAAACGUCUUCUUCAAAGGUUCAUUGACUUGUGCCUUGCUUCCCAGGUCAAGGUGGAGACAAUGCUUACUGAAGGCGACAACGCGGCCGAAAGUAUUGUGGAUGUCAUCAACAACAUAGGAGUCCAAAAAUUAGUCCUUGGAAUUACCAAAUCUAAUCUCAGGAAAAGUGGGUCUCGCAGAAGAAAAGCAAUGGCAGUUGAGGUAGUGAAGAAAGCACCUGAGAACUGUGACGUGAAGAUCAUAUGCGAAGGAAAGGACGUGAUUUAUGACCUGGUUGGGGCUGCCUCGCCACGUUCCAGCGAAUGUGACACUCCGCUAUCUGGAUCUUCACGGGAAGAAGAUGAAUCUCGUGGCGGUGUUCCCUUCAAGAAGAUGCCCGGGCCCAGAAUUUCUUCUGCAUCCGGAUGAAUCCCACUUUAAGACCGAAAAGAAAUCGUCGGUGGAUCCGGGCUUUAGAUUGUGGAAUUAGACGCGCUAGGGAUUGUCAAAAAGAAAAGUGGAUGUAAUUAUGAACAUGUAGAUAAGAACGUCAAAGAUGAAUCUUGUGGAAAAGCGUAUCAAUUUUGAUAGGUUGAACGGAGACACUCAAAUCAUUCACGGAGGAUCCGUGAUAUACUUUGUUUGCAACGCCGGAACAUCUGUGAAAGCUAAGAUCCGU